AUAUGUACUAUUAUCAAAGAAAGGUUCGAACUGACGGAAAUGUUGCUGAUUCAUAAUCUGUGUGAAAGAACAACGAAGAAAUGUGUUAAGUGUCAGAAAUUAGAGUUAUCACUAUCAUUAACAUUAAACUAUCAUUAAAAGACACUACUUAUUAGUUGAAAAUAAUGGCUGCAAAUUCUCAAGUUGAAUGUCCAACAAAUAAAGCUGUGUAGUUUGUUUUUGUAUGAUGUAACCUAUUUCUUAAGUACACAUUUAUCAAGAGAGAUAAGGCUGAUAUGCGUUUUUACUGGUUCGAAGUUCGCGUGCUUUCCAUAUCACGUUGCGAUUUGUAUUUCUUCUGACCGUACUUCCUUGUUUCGUUGUCAGUAUCGGCGUAAUGUUUGAAUUAUACCAACAUAAUUUACGUAAUAUCUACUACGUCUCAUUACGACAGUUAGUGAUUUCGUCGAGUUACCUUCUGAAAUUUAGGUAACUUUCCCUAUUACAAUUACAAAGAUGCUUGAAAGAAGAAGCCAUAAUAACGCAACUUCUGCAUUUGGAGAACAUCAAAUUCGAAAAGAUGAAUUCGUUUUUGAAAACGGUCAAUCCAAACAAGAGAGUUGUAUUAAUCAGAGAUUCGUUGCAAAGGCAGUUAAACAUCAGCGUGAUGGAAAUGCAAAGUGCACCUGGAGUGGAGGAAAACAAUACAGUUGGCAACUGCGACGAAAGUAUGACCUUAUGUUUUGUUUUGGAAGCUGUGUUCCUACAUGGCUUAAAAGACAGUCUCUUGAAUCGCGUAACAGAAGUUCUGAGUGGUCCAGAUUUCAACGCGGUACCGCAGCCGAGUUUUUGGGGUCCACUAUUGGUAUUUUCUCAUCGACAAAUCAUAGAUCAGAUACAAACGUUAAGUCAACUUACUACAGAAGUUGGAUAUUGCAGAGCUUGGAUACGAUUGGCUCUGAACGAAGGUCUUUUAGCUAGCUACUUGUGCUCCAUUAAAAGAGAUAAUUCAGCUUUAAAACCAUAUUAUAAUCGGUCUGCAUUUAUUAGAGAUACAGACCUUGUGGAAGUUGCACAGAGGCUAAUUGAAAGUUUAGACAACAUAUGUUUUAAACUUGCAUGCAAUAGUAGCUUAUUAAAUUCUUGGUCAAAUACUCCUCUCUUAUUAGCUGGUAUAUGGUCACCUCCAAUGAAAUCUUGUCCUGUAUUUAGUGCAGUAGAUAUUGCAAAAACAAUAACAACAGAAUUAACUGAUGGUGACAAUUUUGAUGAAGUUGAAACUGCUAGUUCUAUUGGUAGUUUAGGUUCAUUUAAUUCAUCGCAGUCUGCUCUUAACAAUAUGGCUUGUAUCACAGAGGAUGAAGCUUUAAAAAUUAUAUUAGCUAAUAAGAAAUCAGAUAACAUUGGUAUAAAUAAUUCGACUAAUAAUUCAAAAGAAAUUGCAUCUUUAAAAGAGGAAGGACAAGAUUUACAGAUAGAAGAAAAAAUAGAAGACAGAAAUUCAAGUAAUGACAGCCCAAAGUCUGACCCUGAAAUUAAUAUGUGCAAUAAUGUUAAGAAUUCAACAUCUGAAAAUAUUGUAGAUAAUCAUGAAACUUCACAAGAUAUUGUUACAACUACAGUAGGGAAUUCAUUGAUUGGAAGAUUGGGAUGGUCUACAUCAUUUGAAGACUGUGAAUCUUCAUUAACUUCAUCUGUAAUGUCUCAUGAUGAUGGAACAAAUGCACCUCGUACUCCUGGUGAUGGACCUACAUAUGAUGCUAUUAUUCAAAGUUAUAAUGUUGGAAAUAAAUCAGUUCCAGAUUUACAAGAAUUUUUAAAAAAAUAUCCAAGAAAACAAUCUAAUGAUGGAAUCAAAGUUCAAUCAGAAAAUAAGGCUGCAAUAAACUUUGACGAACAAUUGGGAAAGCUUCCCAGAGAAAAAGGUUUAGAUGUACAAAAUUAUAGUUGCUUUGAAUGUGGUCAUGCAAUUGGUAUGACUUUUUCGAAAGCACAUGUUUGCUCCUUCUCUUGUAACUAUUACUGUUCAAACUGUAUGUCACAAAAUGUAUAUCUUAUUCCAUCACGAGUAAUUUAUAAUUGGGAUUUAAAAUGUUACUCAGUUUGUAAUAAGGCUGCAGCAUAUUUACAGGAUUGCCCUAAAUUACUAGAUCUUAAAGUUUUAAACCCACGAAUUUAUAUGGCUGUAGAUAGUAUGGCUCAAUUACAAUCAUUAAGAAUUCAAUUAAAUUUACUGAGAGCUUAUUUAUUUACGUGUCGUGAGCCUAUAAUCGAAUCCUUACAGAAAAAGGUUACACCUAAAGAUUAUUUAUAUGAACAUGUUCACCAAUAUUCUGUUUCUGACCUUUAUGAUAUAUCUAAUGGAAUUCUUACACAACAUCUACAGAAAGUGGUAGAAUUUGCAAGAAAUCAUGUUAUAAAUUGUUGGCUUUGUAGUCAGAAAGGUUUUAUAUGUGAAAUUUGCAAUAGUCCAAAAGUUAUUUAUCCCUUUGAUAUGGAAUCUACAUACAGAAUAUUAUAUGAUUUUAGUGUGGAGCCUGUAAUGCGGUAUUUCAUGCAGAGUGUUUAAAUGCUAAUAAACCGUGUCCAAAAUGUGAACGAAAACGCAAACGAAUGGAUCUUCCACUUUUAGAUGUGGGUUGUACAGAAUUGUCAUUGAAUGAUGCACCAACAUUCUCAGUGGACAUAAAUUAAUAAAUAGAGUUUUUAAUAAAUCA